AUGGAGCCACCGCCCCUUUUGGACGUCGGCGGAGGGUCUUUCGACUCGUCCAAGCCAUUCCGAGGUCAAGUCCUCUGCUGUACCAACAUCGAGGCCGAUCAACGUUCCGAAAUCGCACAGCGAACCGCCGACAUGGGCGGCGUCCACAAAUACGAUCUGACACCCGACGUUACGCACUUGAUAGUGGGAGACUACAACACGGCCAAGUAUCGCCAUGUUGCCAGGGGAAGGAACGACGUCAAGCCUAUGGCUGCUGGAUGGGUUGACGCCGUGCGAGCCUUAUGGAUGGAAGACCAGCAGAUCGACUUUGUCACCCUGGAAAACAAAUGGACAUUAAAGACAUUCGAGUCGCGUGGGGGUAUCCCCAACAGCCUAAUACCAGAAGCGCGCGAGAGGUCGAGGUUGGUGUGUUGCUUGACGGGGUUUGAAGACAAUGACAUACGCAGCAUGAUUGAGGACAAGGUCAGAGCCAACGGGGGCGAAUACGUUGGUGAUCUCUCUAGACGAGUCACUCACUUGAUAGUCAACAAACCCGAGGGCAAGAAAUACGCUGCCGCCCGGAAAUGGGAAAUACGCACCGUUUCGAUCGAAUGGUUGCACGAUAGUGUGGAAAGGGGCAUGAUACUCAACGAAGAGUGUUACGAUCCGACUCUGCCCCUAGAAGAGCGAGGGAAGGAUGCCUGGACAAGGAACCAGCCGCCGAAAAUACACCCACGGAAGCGAGUGCGAGAGGGUCCUUCCACUGCGGCGGAAGAGGGGAGGAGGAAGCUGAGGAAAAGUGCCAGUAUGAAAUUGAACAGCCAGAGAGAUGGCCUAUGGGGCGAUAUUCUUGACCAGAACCAAUCCGCCGAUCUGUCAAAGUCGAUGACCGAACAUCGAGAGCCGAGCGCACCUACCGCGCCCAGCGUCCCAGUGGCGGAUUCUAUUGCGCCUGCGACCGAGGAUGUUGGGUCAAUGCCACCACCGCGUACUGACGAUCUUCCGAGUCACCGUGAAGGAGUAUUCGCAGGCUGUCGCUUCUUUGUCCAUGGCUUUCCUAGGCCUAGGGAGGAAUUUGUAUCCGGGUUCCUUGCGUCACACGGGGGUCAAAUAUCCACGUCACUCGAAGACGUUGCGUCGCUAUCCCACGGGGAGCCACGAUAUCAGCGCUAUCUUCUCGUACCACAGUUGUCCCAACCCGACUCCCACCCACAACUUCCAGAGGGUGUCCACAUCAUCACCGAAUUCUUCAUCGAGCGUUGCAUACACAAUAAAACACUUUUUUCGCCAUACGACCACGUCCUGGGACAGCCAUUUCCGCAUUUCCCCAUCGACGGCUUUCAAGAUUUGACGAUAUGUUCAGCCGGUUUUCGCAACGAACAGCUGAAUCAAGUGGAAAAGUCCAUCGUCCAGCUAGGAGCCAAAUAUUCGGAAUGGCUAAACGCUCAGAGCUCGUUACUCGUUUGUUCAAGUCUCGAGAGUGUGAGGAAGCAAAAGCUCGACAUCGCGACUCUCUCGAAUAUCCCAGUUGUCAACGCCGACUGGCUGUGGCAAUGCAUUACCACGGGCUGUCUUGUGCCGCAUGAGAAGUACCAGUUCAAGGGCCUGCAGGCCAAAGCAGGCUCUUUAUCUGACAAGUUGAAAAGGAAGGAAUGCCAGCAACUGCAGAGAUCAAGGUCCGAACCCGCACUUAGAAACGCGAAGUCAAACAACAAAGUGCCGGUGCCACCACCGAGGGGUGGCCUUGAUAUGACAGCAUUCGAUGAUGGACCUAUAGUACUCGAUGCAGACAAUAGGAUCAUACAGAGGGAGGAAGCUGGUGAAUCACAUUACGAGACAGCUCCGACACACCAGGUGGAAAGCAUGGACAAUGCGUUCAGCACUGCACCCUUAGCUGAAGUAACUUCAAACGCACUCAACAAGUCGCCGCCAUCACCGUUACCAAAGACGGCUCACCAAGCACGCAAGCUCAAACGUUUUCCCACCGGGGGCGAAGUUGGCGAUUCGGAGGGUGGCGAGGACCUGGAAACAACAGCUCAACCCCCCAAAGAGACAGUCGUAGAAGACGAGGCGGCAGAGCGCAAGCGCAAAGAACAGGCGAAAGCCUUCGAGCGCGAAGAAAUGUCGAAACGUUUGGGCUCCCUCAUCUCUCACGAGGAGGCAGUACAAAUGGGCACUGGUCUGAAGCCACAACCUGGCACAAGGCCCCAACGGCGAAAACGAGAUAUCCUGGGCCGGGCGGCCAGUAACGUAUCUGCGGCAUCGAGUGGAAGCACCGAGUCGUCAGCAAACGCAGCAACAGGCUCAAUGCUAAACCGUCUGGAUUCAACACAGAGCGCACAUAGUGGUGGCAGCGGGCUUCUGGACGGGAUCAUGGAACCGGGCGGAGUGGACGCGGACAAUCCGCCUCCCGCGACACAGCUGGAAUACGAUAACCCCGAGGCGCGGAGGCAUCGCGAAGUCAUGAUGGACCGGAUGAUGGGAGGGAACAAGAGGAUUUCUGGCGGCAGGCAAAGCCAGGAGAAGGUCACUAUGGCAGACUACAUGCCCGUCGAGGGUGUUGGCACCAGGAGGACUACGAGAAGACGAUGA